AUUUUUCGUGUUGUUUGGGUUAUAGCUUGUCAAUAUACGCAAUUUCUGUACUAUAUUCUUGUAUUGCAACACCUGCAUGCCUAUUCAUCACUAAGAAUAUAUGCUCCUCUUUUAACUUUCUUUUUUCUUUUUUUCUUCUUUUGUGGAUAAAAAGUUCAAAUGAAAAGGAGAGGUACUUGAUUAAUUGAGUAUCGGAACCAAGAGCAACUACUUUAAAUUUCUGAAUGCUAAUCGAAAAUCGAAGAAAGCAAACCAACUGAUUGAAUUUGUAUGAAGUUGAAAUAUUUGGGGCUUAAUUGUAAUUUAGUGCAAAUAGUAGGACAAACACACUCACACGUUUGCAUCGGCGGGCACAACACCUAAUCUACAAUAACAUUACAUAAAUUCACAUUUCUAAAGCUAUGUGUUGAUGCGUGUAAGAUUAUAUCAUAGACAGAGGGAGUCUAACGAAAAUGGAAUUCUUUGAGAGAUAGUUAAAUCUUCGAACCCUUGGGGAUUUCCAGCUUUGUCUUCAUCUUCUACAAUCAUUAUCCCUGUUAUUAAGCUCGCUUUUGUGUUUUGUUUUGUUUUUUUUUUUUCGUGGGAUUUCUCGUUUGUUUCUUCAAUCCCGGCUACAAUUUGGGCUUUUCAGCUUUGUCACCGUUCGAUUUUCUUCUGAUAUUUCAAAAAGCUGCAGUCUUUACGGGUUGGUAAUGAGGCGGACAAAAGGGCCUUUUUGAAUACGGUUGCCUUUGAUCAUUUUCUUGGAUUUCACGAACAAAAAUUAUACAUUUUUCAAAAUUUGAGCAUUCUUGUGUAGGACUCGCUGAACUGUUGAAAUUGAAGUCUUGGUGAUGUAUAUAUACGUGUCUGCGUAUUUGAAUCUAAGCUGGAAGUCGCAUAUUGGCAUGUUUUGAGCUCAGAUUGUAUUUAAACAUUCUUUAAAACUCUUCAAAAAUUGUGUAAUGUCUUUGAGCAGACAUUAUUAAUCAAAUCAUUUGAUGCUGCUUUAGCAUUUAAUAUCCGAAGUUUUGAUUUUCCUUCUGGGUCGUAGAUUGGAUUGAUUGGAACAAAGUUCUACAUCGAAUAUCUAUUAUUUGUCUGAAACUGCUAUUUUUAUUGAGCCUGAAUUCUUUCUAUUUCAAAUUCAUUGAUUCUGUCCAUCUCCAAGUACAUUACCUCUGGACCUUACAUUGUCGAAAUGGCCAUUUCUUUCACUAGAUUUCCAUGGUUGUGGUUGGGUGGGAAAGAUAAAGAGCAAGUCUCAAAUGGUUCAUUGAUUAAUUCAAUAAAUUCUUUGGGGGAAUGGGGCUUAGGGCUGAGAGGAGAGGCUGAAAACUUGAAGUUCUACUCGAUGAAGAAGGGUGAUGGAGGGAUGAGGAAUAGAAAAUUGAAGAGGAAAUGGAAGAGUAGGGAAGAGAGGAGCAGAAGGAUUGAUAAAGAGUAUGAUAUGGUGCUGGUGCCAUCAGAUGGGGUUGGUUUAUCAGGAUCCGAAUCUGAUGACUCCGAUUGGUCCAUCGGGUGGAUGGAGCCCCACGCCCCCGAUUUCAUCCAGAGUGAUGACGAGGGAGACGGCAGCUUUGCUGUGCUGGUCCCUUGCUAUAGGCAUGAUUGCCAGAGAUUGGAGGAGAAGGAGCCUGAUCUCAGUAUUCAGUUCUUGGGCGCCGUUAAGGAUGGUUACUCUGCUGGCGGUAGGGAGUACAUGGAACAGUGGCUUUCCUCUCUCCAAAAUUCUUGAGCUGCCCAUUUGCUCAGUUGUGCUAAUCACUUCCAAAUUUUGCCAUCGUUGAAUAGAAUCAUCGAUUUCUACAUUCUGGAAAUCUGAGGAGAUGUUGGUGCAGAAACCUAGCUGAACACCGCUUCGUGUUAUUCUCUUCAGGUUAACUGCAGCAUGGCUGAUUGAUAUAUUGACAUAUAAUAUUGCUGAUUUGUAAUGUAAAUAUCACCAUUGUAAAUAUGCUAAAAGAUGUUCAGACUUACUUUCUACCCUCUUCUUCUGUAAAUAAAUUCUGUACAUAUUUGUUUGGUUGUCUGAAAUUGCUCUGUUUGAUAUCA